CGUCACUUCAUCCCUUGCGCAGCCCACAGCAAACAAGCUGCGGCUUCGGGUCAUUUUCUUAGCAGAAAAUAUGGAGACUUUGUACAGUUUACCUUUUAUUGUGCUCGAAUGUCCAAAUGUGAAGUUGAAGAAACCGUCGUGGCUGCACAUGCCGUCGGCUAUGACCGUGUACGCCGUUGUUAUCGUUUCUUACUUUCUCAUCACAGGAGGGAUCAUCUAUGAUGUUAUCGUAGAACCACCGAGUGUGGGUUCAAUGACUGAUGAACACGGACAUCAACGUCCUGUUGCAUUUUUGGCGUACAGGGUAAAUGGUCAGUACAUCAUGGAAGGAUUGGCCUCCAGCUUCCUCUUCACAAUGGGAGGUCUGGGUUUUAUUAUACUGGACCGCUCCAACGCGCCCAACAUUCCCAAACUGAACCGCUUCCUGUUGCUUUUCAUUGGGUUUGUCAGCGUUCUCCUCAGCUUCUUCAUGGCCAGAGUCUUCAUGCGCAUGAAGCUGCCAGGAUACCUCAUGGGAUAAAAAAAACAGAAAGGGACCAACAUGCUGAUGACUAUGAUCUUCGACCAAAUCACCAUUUGUUGAACAAAAGCAACGGCAUUGCUGUGAAAGCAGCGACUCCAACAGCAGUGAACGACUUGGUUUUACCAAUUGUUCCGCGUGUCACCAUUAUGGGAGUCCACAACAGCGCUUGUUGAAGUUGUACUGCUGACUUAAAGAAAAGUGCAGCAGGAUAAAUUGAACUAAAGAUUUAGAAGAAAGUGAAAAAUUAGAGCUGAAUCCACUGUUAGCACAAUUUGCAGCCAGGAGACUGAAAACUUGUUUUUGUAACAUGCCUUGAAUAUGACUUGUUUUGUUGUGUAAAGUUGAGCAAUAAAUGUUUCAAAGGUAUUUUGUCAUAUCAA